UAUUAUAGAUUUGGAUCCAUAUGGAAUGUAAAUCUUGUUCUGGCCUAAAUCUGAGUCUAAUCCUUUUCAUAGCUUUUGUAGAAAAUGAACUUCCUCUGCACGGUGUCAAGAUUUCUGAGAUCACAGAACUUUGUGGGGCAAAACGUGUGGGUUAUUUUGGUCCGGCUCAGUUUUAUGUUGCUUUGAAACUAAUUGCUGCAGCGCAGUCUGGCCUUCCAGUACGGAUAGAGAGCAUUAAAAGUGAAUUGCCUCUUCCUCGGUUUAUGGCACUCAAAAAUGACAUUGAAAUGAGAUAUGGAAAUGCAGCAGAAAUACACGGAGUUAAAUUUCAGCUUCCACAUCCAACCUUGGAAAAAAAUUCCUUCAAAAGAUCAGAUGAAGGGGAUAAAAAGCAGGAAACCAAGUCUCCUCCCAUGUCACCAAUGUGUUCACCUCCUGCUUCUCCAUCUAAUUACCAGAGAAUACCCUUGAGUUAUGGCUAUGGCAAGUCAAGGAGUGGGCUUGAACAGCCACAUGGAGUUUCUUAUGAAGCUAGACAUUCUACACACCAACAAGAUGGACCAGCAACGGGAAAUUAUGGAUCCAAAUCUGCACUUGUACAUUCCUCUCUUAGUCGGUCUCUUUCAGUAGAAAGGGAGCCACAGGACAGCAGUAAUUACCCAGAUGACCCCUGGAGGAUAACUGAGGAACAGCGAGAAUAUUACAUCAACCAGUUCAAAUCCCUACAGCCUGAUCUGAACUCUUUCAUUUCAGGUUCCGUGGCUAAGAAUUUCUUCACAAAAUCCAAGCUUCCCAUCCCAGAACUUUCUCACAUAUGGGAGCUGAGCGAUGUAGACUGUGAUGGAGCGCUGACGCUGCCAGAAUUCUGUGCUGCAUUUCACCUCAUUGUUGCUAGGAAGAAUGGUUAUCCAUUGCCAGAUACGCUGCCGGAGACCUUACUGCCAGAUUACCUUCAACCAGCUUCCUUUAAGCCUAAACGUGACUGCGCAUUAUUGGAUUCUUAUUCUGAGUCAUUGCCAGUCAGUCAACAGACCAGGGACUUUAAUCGAACUGAGCUUGAAACUGUCCGUGAAGAUCCAACCAACUCAGAGCCGUUGAUUCUCUUUGAUGUGGCGACCUCCGUUGUUGAGCCAAAGACAUCGGUUGAGGAGAUGCCUGAUAAAUCUGCCCUGACGCAAGAUGUAAAUAGUGAUGACAGUCAAGCUCUGAACAUAAGCACUACUGCCAAAACAAUACCAAAGGAUUUUAAACCAUCUCAACACUUGUCUGUCAAAACAGUUGUUCAGGAAUCGAACACACUCAAGGCAAGACCAAGAUCCAGGUCCUAUUCCAGCACAUCUAUUGAAGAUGCAAUGAAAAAGGGGGAAGAGCCCCCUAUGCCACCACCAAGGCCGCAGAAAUCACAUUCCAGAGCCUCCUCCUUGGACCUAAAUAAAAUCUUCCAGCAAAACACACAAGCUGUGAAGUCAGGUUGGUUACCACCACCACCUGCCCUGCCCCCUAGGCCUUUUGUAUCACAGCAGGGUCCUCCCCAUGUCACAAAUACCGAGCCUGUUGCCCAGGCCAAAUCCAGCUAUGUAGAAUUCAGACUAAAGGAACAGACAGAACAAGUAUCUGAGAUGGAAUUACAUCCUCAGAUGAAUAGAGCUCCAUCACAGACAGAAGAAAGCAGCCCAACGAGAAAGGAGAUUCUGCUUUCUCAGCCACCAUCCAAACCAAUCCGUAGGAAAUUCCGCUCCGAAAAUCAGAUGUUGGAAAACCAGGAGCUUACUCCCACUAGCAGUGUGACCUCUUCCUUGCCUGCAGUCAAACCCCAUCUUCCAGCCCAAAAACAGUCUUCCAAACAGAAGAGGGCUAUUCAGACUGCUAUUCGUAAAAACAAAGAAGCCAAUGCGGUGCUAGCCAGGUUGAACAGUGAACUCCAGCAGCAACUGAAGGAAGUUCACAAAGAACGAAUUGCAUUGGAGACUCAGUUGGAACAGCUUCGUCCUGUAACUGUCUUGUGACCUUCAGUACAUUAUUUAAUGGCAAUAAAUGGACAUUUGUGCCAAGAAUUUUUGACUAUUAGCACAACAAUGUGAAGUCUUUGUAAAGUUUUCACUGAGGCAAAGUGGAAUGUGAGUUGGGUUUGUUGGGUUUUUUUGCACACCACCUUGCACAUUUUCCCUUUCAGAUGAAGAGGGUAGAUGAGAUAAAUGUCAAACCGUAGGUUAUGUUUAAGAAAUGAAAGUUGUUUCCAACUUGUCCUUCAGGAUAUUACAAAAUGCAGUUAACCACCAAAAUCAAUCAUCUAACUCUGAAAUUAUUAGUGGUUUAUUUAUUUAAAGAAUUCCUGAUUUAUGUACUUCCUUGAAAACCAAUUAUUAAAAGUUUCAUGCAUUCAAAAUUCUUCUUUAUAUUUAAAGUUCCUAUUCUAAGGUGGUUUCUUGGAUGUUACUGAUUUCACAUAGGUUUAUACCAGGAGGUAGUGUCUGUGGCUUUAAAACACAAAAGCGAAUAAAAAUAAUUGUACAGAUAGUCUAUAUUCACAAUCACCUGUCACUUAAUUGUCUUUUUAGUGCCAUUUAUGAUUAUUGGUCAUUUAUGUCUUAUAAAUAUUGCAGGGUUUGUGUUUUAUAAGUUAAAAAUCAUGUGAAAAUGCAGUUUUGAGAACUAAAAAGUGUUGAAACUUGCUGAUUUUAGAAACUUUUUUUUUUAAAGCUAUACUCCACAGGGAAAGUUAGAAAUGGGCAUGUUUGUCUGUAUGUAAUUAAUGUGUGCUUGUUAAAACAACAGCAUUGUAAUUUUACCACUGGAAGUUAAAAUGAAGCAUACUGUAUAUUGUGCUUGUCUUUGGAGACAUGGGUUUUAUUUCAUGUUUGUUUGCAUUGGUCUGCAUUCCUGUUUUACUAGCUAUUGCGUUUUUUUAAAGGACCUGAACUAGAUGUUUGAUUCCAAAUGAAAUAAACAUAUGUGUAUGCUCUAGGUAGGAUUUUUAAUGACUAUGAUGUGAAGAAAUGAAUCCUACAAGGGGGUGUCCAUUGAGUAGCCUUAAUACCGCACAGAAGAGGAUCAUUACGGGAUGAGGCUCCCAGGACCUUUCCCUUCUCCAAAGAGAGAGUCAAAGGCUAUAGUACUCUAUCUGGGUCUGAUCCAGGACCAGUUGAAGUCAAUGGGCAUCUUUCCAUUGACUUCAGUGGACAUUGGAUUAAGUCUUCUGAGACUUUCUGACAAUGGGGAAGCUUUCUAGUGAACCUUUUAGGUAUUGGGCCAAUCCUCUUAUAACAGGUAGUUUUAGAAGUAAUGAAAUCAGCCUGUCCCCUUUGACAUAUGCCUUAUUGAUAAAAACAUAGCAUGCCCGCCAUCCUAUUUCUUUCCUUCCCCCCUCGCAGCCCCACAUGAGAUGCAUUGUAUAGUCCAUUGCUCAGUGAUGUAAACUAAGUGUCUGCAUUAAGUUUGCAAAAGCUCUGCGUACAUUUUCUUCUAUUAUUUUUGAUGUUUUAUCCAUCUUGUUUUGGAAUGCUCCCGAAGGGUGUGUUAGAAGUAACUAGCCAGUCUCCUGUCGGGAUACAGUGCAAAAUGGAUAAACGUGAAAAAGCUGUAGCGGAAUAGCAGAGCAGCCAGAAGUUUUUUCGAGAGUAAAACAAGAAUGACAUCCAUGUAAAUGUUUAAAGUUGACAUGGUGACUGAACAGACUCCCUUGGCUGAAGUUUAUAUGGAUUCAGAGUUUAUAAAACGUUAUUCCAAUGUUGGGAGGGCAGUCCUCACAUUUGUAAAACUAUGUUAACUGAAAGUUUGUUUGGUAAUACACCUCUACCCCGAUAUAAUGCAACCCGAUAUAACACGAAUUCGGAUAUAAUGCGGUAAAGCAGCGCUCGGGGGGGGUGAGGGGGGAGAAGUUGCGCACUCUGGUGGAUCAAAGCAAGUUCGAUAUAACGCGGUUUCACCUAUAAUGCGGUAAGAUUUUUUGGCUCCUGGGGACAGCGUUAUAUGGGGUAGAGGUGUACGUCACUUCUUAGCUAGCUAACCACUGUUCGUGUCUACAACACAGAACUGAAUUUUUGGAUUUCUGACUACUUCUGUGUUAAUGCUAAUGUUAAAACAUCUCAUGUUAAUGAGAUGACCAUGGUUUGUGACUAAAUGAAGUUAGAAUCACAGCUUCUCCCCAGUGAGCUGCAGAAGAAAUCUGCCAUCAUCUUCCCUAUUAGUGACAAUGUUCAGAACUUACACCAGUCAUUUUUAGAGAGACAAGGUGGAUGAGGUAAUAUCCUUUAUUGGACCUACUUCUGUUGGUGAGAGAGACAAGUUUUGUAGCUCAAAAGCUUGUCUCU